AAGUACCUAGGUACGUGCGAAGGCCAAGCAAUUGACUAGGGAUGUCCCUUUCUGACCUUGCCUGCCACUGCCGUCCAAUCCGUCCGGUCCUCUCGAGCUAACGCCUCUCGCCUGACGCGCACUCUAUGCGGUAGAACUGCGGUAGAACAACUCGCGAGCGCGAGCAUCUAUCAUGUCGCAGAGCUCGUACCCAGCACCGCCUGAUCAGGACGCGCCGCAUCCUUACACGCCGCUCUACCCGCAGCACCCCAAUGCGCAGCUGCUCGACGGCCAGCUGCAGCGGGGAGUGCCCUAUCCUCCACCACCACCACCACCAGAGCCGGGCUACCACAAGCUCGAGAACAUCAACGAGGUGCUGCAGGCGCAGGCCCUCCACGCGAACCAUGCCCUGACCGACCAGCGCCCGGCACCGCCGCCGCCGCCGCCCAGGCAGGUGCAGAUACCCUCAGUGCAGCAGCAACAGCAGCAGCAUAACAACAAGCCCAACCGCCUGCGCAAGGCCUGCGACUCGUGCAGCAUCCGCAAGGUCAAAUGCGACGAAUCUGGGCCGCCGUGUCGGGCCUGCUCGGCGCUGGAGAUUCCAUGCACCUUCGACCGUCCGAGCAGGAGACGAGGACCUCCUAACCGCCAUGCUGAAGCCAUCAAGAAGCGUCGCUUGGACGAGACAGACCCUGCUUCAGGGCAUGCGUCGCCGCAGUCACCCACGAACGCCGCCCACGCGCUGGCCCAGCUGCAGUCGUCGAAUCCUACACAGCUCUCCGCCGAGACCAUAUGCCCCCCCAACACCAUGAAUGCCUUGAUCGACGACUUCUUCACAUACGUCCAUCCGCUGUGUCCCUUCCCACACGAACCAUCGUUCCGAGAAGCGUGGGCUCGCCGUGAAGACUACUCGAAUCCGUCCUUCCUCGCUCUGCUGGCGUCCAUGAUCGCCUGUCUUGUGUCUUCGUUCCCACGCAAGCCACGCCUGCAUCUGAAGAUACAGACUCGACAUGAGUACCCUUCUCAUCUGUCCCUGGUGGACAAGUGUCGUGAGGUAUGCGCCCAGGCGCGAGGGCCUGGCUACCUCGAUCGACCCUCCUUGAAUGUAUACGAUGCGUGUACGAGUUACUUCCUGGGGUUGACGGGCGCGUAUGUUUUCCAAUGGCGCCAAUUGCGACUAUACUUCGCCGAAUGCCUGACUAUCAUCCGUUCGCUAGGCCUACACAAGGCACAUGAACAGGGCUACACACAUCUUGGAGCUGUACCGAGCGCGUGGGGCUCAAAUGGGCCAAACUUCGAUGGCGCACGCGACUUCAAGCUGGACCAUAUCACUGAGCAGAUUGGACGAAGGGUGUUCUGGACCGUCUUCGUUGGCGUACGGACGAUACAGCAACUCGGUGCUUCGUUUGGAGAGCUAACAAUUGCACCUGCGACACCCACUGAGCCCCUGCCGCCACUACCUGUCGAAGUGGACGAUGUUCAUAUCUUUCCAGACGAGAUACACGCUCAGCAACAUGGUGUCGUUUCCCUCAUCACAGGGUUCAACGUAAACGUCCGUAUCUUCUUGUCGUACUCUUCACUCUCCACCGCCGAGAUGGCGUUUGGCAUGGACGAGGUCUUCGACUGGGAUCGACAGCAGCGCAUAUUCGAGCAGAGCUUGCAUCGCUGUAGGCAAAUUCUCGAGAGUAUACCAGAUGUCCUCAAGGUACAGUCUAAAGCGGCACGUGACAACCUCGCGCAGCCGAAGCAGCCGUACUUUCCACCCUUGCCAGACUUCGACGGCAUGCGUGAUCCUGCAUUGAACAGUUUUGCUUCUGCCGGAGCCCUGGAUCUGCGUCGUUACGAGAUCCAGAAGGCCAACGUGUAUGCUAGUCACCUAGCCACGCGCUCCUACCUCGUGGAGAAGUACUUCAUGCUUCAGGAGAAGGCCAACUCCAAAGCUCAGGGCAACAUUCAGAGCUCCCCAAGCGUUCUGGCGACCGGAUUGGACAGAUUUGUAUCAAGCUCCGCCGCAGACGCUGAAGCUCUGGAGAAGACGAUGUCCGAGGAGCGAGAGCUUGUCGUCAAGGACCUACUGGUUGUGCUCGGCAGCAUCGACAUGGUCAAUAUGGAACCAAACGGCGAUUCAUUCGUAAGUAUACUGCUUCACUUGCGAGAUUCUGAUUUCCUCUAUCAAGCCGAUGACCUCAACCUGUCUUGUCCGACUCACUUCAUCUUGCGCGCACAAAGCUUCAGCCCGAUCGCCAGCUUACGAUUUGUUCCCACACAGACCCAAAAGAUUCGCUCGAUCGCCCGUACACUACUCGAUGUACCGAAGGAGAGGAAAGGUAGUGUUGCUUUGCAGCAUCAGGACUAUCUGUACAAGUUCCUCGAUAUCUUAAGCAAGUUGGAACGGGUCAGUCCUGAAGCAAGCGACCCGUCAGCCAAUGUGGACGAAGAGACGGAGCUAAGGCUAUGGGCUGAUCUGCGAGACCAUCAGUUGAAGUUCCAAGAGCAAGGUGGAGUUUACGGGUUCGUCUGAAGUAAAUGCAGAACUACCGUUGUUAUUAUACUGCCGCGAGGCCAAUCGACGGCUCCUCAACGAGAGAACUGACUUUUAUGCUAAG